GUUCUCUGGCAAACAAAAUCAUUGAAGACAAAUGGGACUGUGACGGUGGUUCUUGUGGUGGUGAUUUGUCUUGCUCCUCUUCUUGUUCUACAUGAUUUUUAAUUUCGAAUUCAAUCGUGAUUUUUGUGAGAAAUUAACAUUCAGACCUCUGUUUUUAUUUUCUUGUUCUAACUGUUAAUUUGGGCAAGUUCACCCACCGUUCGAGAAAACAUAAAAAAAUCUCUUCAACAACUUGAUCGCCACUGCGCCGCCGCAGAAGAUGAACCUGCCGGAGCUUCCAUCGGUGGAGGAAUGUGAUCUGCCAAUUGUCGAUUUGGGGCAGCUCGAACUAGAGAUAGCUAUAACCACUGGAUCGAGGAAUGGGCAACGAAGAAUGCGCAAGAACCACUGGAUCGAGGAAUGGGCGACGAAGAGAGAGAAUCUCGAGCACCAUUUCCGGUGGACCCGCCGCAACCUUGCCCUCGCCGGAAUCUUCGGAAUCGCCGUCCCCGUCCUCGUCUACAAAGGCAUCGUCAAAGAUUUCGUGUUUUUUUUUCUCUCUUGGCCCCCCUCUUCUCUUACGAUGAUUUGAUUGGUUCUAAUUCCAAUUUCAUUCCUUGUAUUUUUAAAGUGACUCUGUUUGUGCCCUAAUCAAUUUAUCGAAUCAACGCCU